CUUCACAUUUUUUUGGCAUUAAAUCGAUGAAAACACGGUUUGGGGGUAGCUAUGGGUGUUCACGACUUGUGGUCCAUCGUUGAGCCGGUUCGCGAAUCGGUGCCGCUGUACAGUUUGAGCGGAAAGACGCUGGCAGUUGACCUGAGUUUAUGGGUAUGCGAAGCUCAGCAUGUCCAGGCUAUGAUGGGGCGAGUUACCAAACCACACCUGAGAAAUUUAUUUUUCAGGGUGUUCUCCCUCACUCUUAUGGGGGUAAAGCUUGUGUUUGUGAUGGAGGGAGAGGCCCCUAAAAUUAAAGCAGAAACAAUGAGCAAGAGGACAGAAACAAGAUAUGGAGGAUUCAAAAAGGCUUCUGCCCCCAAAACUUCAACAAACACCAGCAGAGGGCGCUUUAAGGCUGUGCUCAGAGAGUGUGCAGACAUGUUGGACUAUCUGGGUGUGCCCUGGGUGACAGCUGCAGGGGAGGCUGAGGCCAUGUGUGCCUACCUGGACUCACAGGGCCUGGUGGACGGCUGCAUAACUAAUGAUGGAGAUGCCUUCUUGUAUGGAGCCCGCACUGUCUACAGGAACUUCAAUAUGAACAGUAAAGACCCUCAGGUGGACUGUUACAGGACUUCCAGGGUACAAACGGAGUUACAUCUCUCCAGAGAGAAUCUAGUUGGUCUGGCCAUUCUCCUUGGCUGUGAUUAUAUUCCUAAGGGCAUACCAGGUGUUGGUAGGGAGCAAGCUCUGAGGCUUAUCCAGAUGCUGAAAGGACAAACACUUCUGCAGAGGUUCCUCCAGUGGAGGGAGGAGAACGCAGAUGUGUCUGAGGGAGUUGUGAAGAAGGUUCCUCACUGCAACUUAUGUCGACAUCCUGGCUCAGCAAAGGCCCAUGAACGUCGCGGCUGUGUUCUUUGUGAGAGUAAACGAUUCUGUCAACCUCAGGACUUUGACUACCAGUGUCCCUGUGACUGGCACCGAUAUGAACAGACACGGCAGGCCUCGUCUUUUGAGGCAAAUAUCAGGAAGAAAACACUGGCAUGUCAGCAGUUUCCUUUUACAGAGAUCAUUCGUGAGUUCCUGAUUUCCAAGGAUAAGCCUGUGUCACAUUUCAAGAGGAGACAGCCAAACAUGCUGCUAAUGCAGAAAUUUGCCUUUGACAAGAUGGAGUGGCCGAAGCACUACACCAGUGAAAAGGUUUUAGUCCUCAUGACCUAUACAGAGUUAAUGAACAGAAAAUAUGGAAGAGAAAUGUCCUCCCAAAUUAAGCCUCUCAGAAUAUUGAAACCGAGGGUGAGGAAUGCCGUCGCUUGUUUUGAAAUCAUCUGGAGCACACCAGAACAUUAUGUGUUUCCUGAAGAUCAGCCCGCAGACGAUCAACAUGAGGUGAGGACGGUGGAGGAAGAGUCUCUCUUCCGUGUGGCCUAUCCAGAGGUGGUUGAGAGCUACCUGAGAGACAAAGCUCUGGCCGAAGAGAAGAAGACCAAGAAGAAAAAGCUAAAGAAUAAAAAGGAGAAGCCAUCUGAAGUCUCUGAUGGUAUUUCUGACCUCUUGGCUCAGAUGACCCUUCAGAGUUCCUCUGAAACUCAACCACAUGCGGCACUCCCUGCCAUUUCAACCACAGAUGAACCAGAAGUGGUGGCUGUGGACACUCCAGUGAGCCAGAAACAGCAGCGCAAGUCAAAAGAGGAACACAGCACUGUGGCUGAUUGCCCAAAUACUCCUCUGUCUCAUUCAGAAUCAGAGGCUGCUGCGUCACCUUCUGUCUCUGCUGUUAUCAACGCUCUCCACCUGAGUGAUAUUGACUGGGACACUGUGUCCUUCACGUCCUCUCCAACUCCACAAUCAGCUACCAACCACACCGCUGAGGCCAAGCUGAGUAAAACCACAGACAGUGAUGUCAAGGAAAGAGAGAGCGAAAACACCAAAGAGAAAACCUCAAGUGACGUCAAAGAAGCGGACUCCAGAUCUGCUCUGGAGGUGUGCUUCACAGAGCGUCCUCUGAGGGACAGGCUGCUCAUGAGGAACACAGCGAAAGCUAUAAACCAGAAGGAGAUAGCCAAUGAUGCAGUGUCAAAACAACUAAACUAUGAGUUAUCCUCUCUCAAACACAUUCCUUCUCAUAACUUUAACGGACAGAUUGCCAGUAAAGACAGCAGUCACAUUAAACUGUCAGGAAAGGAAUCUACUGUUUACAAAAAAGAGCCGCUCACUGACAAAAGGCAGUGUGCAACAAAUAAUGCAGAAACUCACAGUUUAAAACAGCAGUUAAGGCCUGCAGUUCAAAGUAAGACAGCGGACAAAUGUAUCGGCUCACAAAAACCUCCUCAGAAAUAUAAAUUUGUCCGAAAAGCCAUUUCAUCAUCGACUAUCCCGCCACAGAGGUGCCACUCAGACCCAGGUCAACGUGACAAAGACAGCAACGUGCCUCAGAACAUCAAGAAGAGCGUGUGUAUGAGUGUGUGUUCAUCCAGCGAGGACAGUGAUGCAGAGAACCAGCAGUCUGGACCUCAGAGAAAAGCUAAAAUCAAGCCCAUGAACCAGAUCAAAAUCUCAAACUUUUCCCUGAAACCUAGAAACACCAAACCGACAGUGAAAACAGCUCCCACUGUUCAGUUAUUACCAACAAGAUCUCAGAGCUACAGUGCAGAUAGCGAAAUCAACAGCACACCCGAGACAACAAAAGGCCAGGAUGUCUCACCAGCUCACGUGGAUGUUGGUGUGGUCCCUCAAACUCCAGCAUCGCCUGUCGUCGCGUUAGACAGCGAUGAUUCAGUUAUUUGCAGUGAGAGUCCGCUGCCACUGGCAGAGAGACUGAGACUGAAGUUCCUGAAGUGAGCAGCACCAUCACCGGAUGAAGGAGAAGACCAUACUGAAGACACACGCAGGCCUAACUUGCCAGAGAGGUGUGAAGAUCUCAGGUGAAACAGCAUCCUCUUACUCCUUCAUUAGACAGAUCACAUCAAACUGAUAAUUGUUGUCGUGCAGACUUUAAAGAGUAAUUUCCCACAAAAGGAAUCUAAUUAUUUUUCUUUCUAUCACAUUAUCCGUCUAUUUAGCCUUAU